AUGUCCCUUGGGGGCUUCAAGCUGCCGACGAAAGCAGUCCAAGCCUGCAAUAUCGAUAUCAAUGCAGUGCAGGUUCCAGCCGUGGCGACGAACAUGGACUUGAUUUCUUCGAAAAUGUUGCGUCAUAGGCCGGCAUCAUUCAACGAAGCAUGUAUUCAUAAUUUUUUAGAGAGAGACGGAAAAUUUGCCUUUACCGCCUCUGACACUUAUCGUCCACCGACCAACGCCCAUCUUGCCUACCUGUUCAUCACCUGUGAAACCCAACAAGACUUGUUGAGUGAAGGUACAGAUUCCCACCAUCAUCGAUCCCAUUCGGAGACCCAGUACCCACCUGGCGAGCAACACGCUUGUGGGGGAAGCCCUUUACCCCAAGGGAAGUCCUUCACAGCAUCGAUACAUAAUACGAUAGGCUUAGGCGGCCCGGUGCUGGCCAUGGAGACUGGUCUUGCUAUCCAUCCGCUUCAUCCACCCUUCCGCUGCCGUGGCCUUUCACGGCGCUCUCGAGAUGAUCAAGGCUCCGAGUUUCGCGGGACAAAUUUUACUCUCGCUUGUCCCUACACAGUGCUGGCUCAUUACAAGGAGUUGGAGUGGGCAGCUCAGUUUGGCGUCUGGGAGCAUCUAGUCCGCACAAGUGUUGGCAUUGAGGACAAACAUGUUACAUGUCAGACUUUGGCCAACGCCCUUGCCGCUGCUGAGCAGCAUUGCGGCGACUAG